CCUCUUUGCCGAGGGGCUCCUGGAGUUCCUACGACCCGCUGUACAGCAGCUCGACUCUCACGUGCACGCGGUCAGAGAAAGCCAGGUAGAGCUCCGGGAACAAAUUGACAACCUAGCUACAGAACUUUGCCGGAUCAAUGAGGAUCAGAAGGUGGCCCUGGAUCUGGACCCCUAUGUUAAGAAGCUGCUUAAUGCCAGGCGACGAGUUGUCUUGGUCAACAAUAUUUUACAGAAUGCCCAGGAACGGCUAAGGCGGUUAAACCACAGUGUUGCCAAGGAAACAGCUCGAAGGAGAGCAAUGCUGGAUUCAGGAGUUUACCCUCCUGGUUCUCCAAGCAAACAAUAAGCUGGGCCCAUGACCUGAGUGUACAAGUACUGUUCUCCAGCUGCCUUGCUUUGGUAGACAUGCGAAGAUUCCAGGAAACAGUUUCUGUAGACCUUUGGUUUGUUUGAACUGUGUACUUACUUACUCACAUAGCAGCCUCAAGAAACAUUCAUACUGCAGGACUAUUGCCUAUAGAAUCUCCAUUACAGCUUGUGCUUCCAA